GACAUAAUUGUCGAUUAUUAUAAUCUGUUUUAUAUGGCGAAAAAAAACCUAUUUUAAAAUGCAUGAAAUUAAAUUACCAUCGCUUAAAAACUAAAUAUAAAAACAUUGUAAUCGAAAAGUGACAAUGAAGCGUAUUUUAUUGCUUUUAAGUGUCAUCUCUAUCAGAAAUUGUAAUCCAUACUUUCCAAACAUCAACGACAUGUUCAAGACCCUUACUGAAGAUAAUGAUAAUAAUUUUAGGAGGAGAAUAACGAAUCCACCGAAUGUUGUUAUUAAAAACAUAACUAUUGACGUAGAGAAGCUAAACAUAAGCACCAUUACGGAAAAACUGAAAGCUACAGCUGGAAAUUUCGAGAAUACCACUGGAGAAGAUCUCAUCUUAAGAGACUAUAAAACAAGACGAUUAGCUUACAUCGGAAGAAUUCGUGAAUGGAGUAACGCUUCUGCGGUCCUCGUCAAAAAUAAAAUAUUCGAUUUGAUGUUGCAGCUAAUAUACAUGGCGCGGCAUAAAAUAAAACAGAUAGAAAAUGAACCCUAUUAUAACCCAUCAGAUACAUCAUACCGAAUAGCGUUCUUGUAUAGACGUAUCAGACGUAUUUGGAAGAAAAUGUAUGAUAUUUUUACAACCAUGAGCAAAAACAGACACAAUUGGAAGAAAGUUUUCGAGAGAGUAAACCCUUUCCUUAUUCUACAUCACAAAGCUGCGAAGCUACACGUGGACUUCCUUUACUUGUGGUGGCUGCUCAUCAAAAUGCAUGAGAAAUAUGAUUACCGUUAUGCUAUACCUAAUACCACACCAUAUGAUUGAUUCUUAUGAUAAGAAUAUUUUUGUGAAAUGAUUUUUUGUGUUC